AUGUCAGGCAUCGGGGAAAUUUUGAAAGCGGUUGGUGAUUUUGGGCCAUUUCAGAAAUGGCUGGUACUGUUCACCUUGUUUCCCUGCCUCACGGUGGCUUUCCACCAGUUUUGCCAACUUUUUAUGAUUCCACACGUGCCACAUCACUGUGACACCAGCUGGAUCCGUGCCAUCGGCCCCAACCUGACGGAGGAACAGCAGCUGAACCUCACCCUGCCCCGGGACGUGGAUGGGGCGUACGAGCAGUGCUCCAUGUACUCACCGGUGGAUUGGGACCUCGACUCCAUCAUGACAUAUGGCCUGAACGCCACGGAGAAAUGCAGCAGUGGCUGGGUGUACCCCUCAGCAGAACCGCCAUCCCUGCUGACCGAGUUUGACCUGGUGUGUGACAGGAAGGACCUGAAUGACAUCUCCCAGUCUGUCUACAUGGCGGGGCUUCUCCUAGGAUCCAUGAUCUUUGGGCCACUAAGUGACAGGAUUGGCCGCCGACCAGUCAUUCUGAUCUCUGUCUUCCUCCAGUGCUUGUUUGGUGUAGGAAUUGCCUUUGUGCCCCAUUUCUAUGUGUACAUGGCCUUCAGAUGUGUCGUGGGGGCUUCAGUGUCAGGGAUCACCAUGACGAUACUGGCCUUAGCUACAGAAUGGGUUGGUGUCUCCUCCCGGCCAAAGGCAGUGCUUAUUUCUCACUGCUGUUUCGCCAUCGGACAGAUGCUUUUGGCUGGAUUGAGUUAUGGUAUUCGCAACUGGAGGCUGCUGGAGAUUGCAGGAUCUGCUCCUAUAUUUGUCUUUUUCUUCUACAUCCG